UGACACCUGUGCAACAGGUGUUGCCUUGGCAACAAAGGUCGCGAGGUGAACAAGGACAUUUGUUAACAAUUCAAUUAGCAGUUUGAAAGGGCGGGAGAUUUACACAAGAGAACAGGGUUAUAUAAAUGCGUGUGUGUGGAAAGAUACAUACUUAUAUUGGUAGGUAGACAGAUACAAAAAGGAAAAAUAGAAAGUAUGUGUGUGGGGGGGGAGGAUUGUAUAUGUAUGUGUACGAGCGUGUGUGUAUGCGUAUCGACAAAAAAAUAAAACGUCGGUUUUCCUCAUCAAAAGGAGUUGAAACAGCAAAUAUUGUGACGCAAUAAGGCAAAGAAAUAAUCGCACGCAUACACACACACACAAACACAUACACAGUCACAUGGAUAAGUAUAUAUAAACCAGUUUUGUAUGUAUUUCUCUUCUGUAUUUAAUCAUUUAAAUUCUUCCUCUGAAGAAGGAGCUGGUUUCUAACAACAAUGCAAAGCUCCAUCAUUGGAAUGGAGAUAACGAAAACAAUGUCACAUUUUAAAUUUGAGGAAAGUCUUGCAGAGUUUUACUGUUCCACUUACAGAUUGUAUUUGUAAUGUGUGAUUUCUCGUGUAGCUUCUCCAUGACCUGUCGGAGGGAAAAGAUCAAAUCGAUAGUGCCACAACCAGAGUAAAAUCCACACUGUGAUUCUGGAUAGAUAUCAUUUACAACAUGUUUGAUGAUCCUGUCAAGAAUGAGUCGAACAAGAACCUCACCAGCAACAGACAGAAGCAAUAUUCCACGAUGACUAUCACAGACACUUCUGUUGCUUUUGUUCUUAUAUAGAUGUUGAAUUGAGGCAUCUUUGAAGUCCUGUGGUACACGGCCUACCUUCCAGAUGUUUAUGCAGUUUUUUAAAAAGCUUCUGUUCACCAUGUUUGUAAACUUCAGGAGAGAUAACAUCACUGCCAGGUGCUUUACCAGAAAAGAUCUGUUCAAUGGAGUUUACCACUUCCAGAAAGGUUGGCUCCUAUAUAUAUAUAUAUAUAUGAAUGGAGCCAACUCAAAGAGAAUACAAAUAGUGAGUGGUGUUCCACAGAGCAAUGUCUUGGGACCACUGCUUUUCAUAAUGGCCCUCAGCUGCCCGGAAAGCCACCCUUGCUAGCUACACAGAUGAUACAAAAGUCUCACAAAAAAUACAAAACCUUAGCAAUGCUGCACGCCUGGAGCAGGGGUCGGACGCAAUUUGCAGAUGUGCUGAGGAUAAUGAUAUGCAGUUUAAUGCUGGAAAAUUCCAAGCCCUGUGCUAUCAGCACCCAAAAUUGAAUGAAAAACAGAGUACACUGGGCCAAGGGGGAUUACAAUCCCAGAACCUAAAUCAGUGCGUGACAAUAUCGCUUUCCAAGUGCACAUUAACAAGAUAGCAACAAGGUGUAGAUGGCUGGCUGGAUGUUGAGAGCCUUCAGAACCGCAGAGAAGGAAACCAGGACGGUCGUUCUCAGCCGCCUGGACUACAGCUCCUAAUUGUGGUCAGCUCACAGUGUAAGAGUGGACCCUGAAGCAGUCCAGUAAAGCUACACAAAGAAGAUUGUCUCAUUGCAACAGCUCAGCUACUGAGAAAGGCCGAAACAGCUAAGAUUCUACUCCCUGGAGUGAUGGUGGGAGAGAGAUGCAGUAGUAGACAUCUGGAAGGGAUUGUACCAAAUUUUGGCAUUGCAAGCUACACAAAUGCCAGAAUGUGCCGAAGACCCCAACACUGCCGUCACACUUCAGGACCAGUUACUGCAACAACCUUUCUUUCAUUAUUUUAUCACAUUGUUUGCCCCCAACAAAUUCCUUUAUAAUCCAAACCUUACACUAUCUGAAGCAUAUAUACAUAUAUAUAGAAAAUUUUGUGAAGAAACAGAACCGAUAUGAGAAUUUUUAGAAAUUCCUCACCCCAUCCUUCGGAAAUUUAAGGACUUUAUUCUCUCCUUCCUAACAUUACUGAAAAUUUGAAAAAAAUAUUGAAGAAACUGAGAUGGAGAGAAUUGGAUGAAGAAAAUCAGUGAAGCAAAUCUAGCCAGUCAGUAGAGCCAUCUCGUGGAGAAUCGGAGGGGGGGGGGGGAGAAUCGUAUAAAGGGGAAUAACUUUUACAGCAGUGGAAAAUGGAAAUAUUAAUUGUGAUUUAAUAUCGGGCACCGAUAAAUAAGAAUACGAAUAUCACACCUUGUUGCCGUAAAAGAAAUUCCUUACAUCGGAUGUGUCAUCGAUAUUUUAUCAAUUUUCAUCGCCUAAACGCAGAUGAGAUAUUUAUAAAGCACAUUCAUCAAUACAUCAACCUCUUUAUACAGAUAAAAUCUAUGACUAACAAUGGUGAAAUAUUUCUUCCUGACGAUGGAAUUAACAGCAACAUUUUCUCCUUUCCACUGUCUGGAAUGUAGAGGUGGUAAUCGCUUUACAGUUUGAUUAAGAUUGUUUAACUUUACAAAGGAUCUGACAGUUUGCAUCUUCUGCUUUGGAUAUUCAGUAUGAUCACAGCUGAAAGAAGCAUAGCAUUAAAUUAUUCUCUGAAGACAGGGACUCAACUGAACACAAGCACAUUCACAGAAAUGAAUUAAACACUACCAUUGUGCUAUGUAUGACAAAUUAUCCCCUCAUAAUGAAUCAUUUAACUAAAAGUCUUGAUACAGGUGAGAAGCCAUAUCACUGUGAUAUCUGUGGUAAAUCAUUUUCUCAAAAUUGUAGUUUGACUACUCACAUAUUCAUUCAUACAGGGCAAAAACCAUAUCACUGUGAUAUCUGUGGUAAAUCAUUCUCUCAAAAUAAUCACUUAACUAAACACAAACGUAUUCAUAUUAGAGAGAAGCCAUAUCAGUGUGAUAUUUGUGGUAAAUCAUUCUCUCGUAGUUGUCACUUAACUAAACACAGACAUACACACACAGGGGAGAAGCCAUACCAUUGUGAUAUCUGUGGUAAAUCAUUCUCCCAGCAUAGUAACUUGAAACACAAACGCAUUCAUACUGGGGAAAAAACCAUAUCAUUGUGAUAUGUGUGGUAAAUCAUUUUCCGAAAGUAGCAGUUUGACUAGACACAGACGCAUCCAUACUGGGGAAAAACUACAUCACUGUGAUACAUGUGGCAAAUCAUUCUCUAGAAAUGGUUACUUAACUACACACCAGCACAUUCACACUGGAGAGAAACCAUAUCAUUGUGAUAUCUGUGGUAAAUCAUUCUCUCAACAAGGCCACUUACGUGCACAUUUGAGUAUUCACACACAAGUGUAACUGUAUCAAUAUAAAAAAUUAUUACAAGAUGACAACAAUUUUGUCUACUAAAAGACAAGGUCUUCUAUCUCUUCAAAUUUGAUGUUAUCAACUUCAGUUUCAUCAAAGUCAUCAAUAUCUGAAGAUGAUUCUGCUGGAUUUUGGGGGGAAUUUGUGAUCAGAGAAUAAAGAGAUGGGAAUAAAUGAAUAAAAGGUUAAACUGA